AAUUCUUCUUUCUGGGGUUUAUGCCUUUUUUCCCCUAAACAGCGAGUGAAGAAGAAAAUCCAGUAAACUCUAGAAGAGAAAAUCGAACUUCCCCAAAUCUUUUGGAACGGAACAGCGAUCGGAGCAAAUUUGGGUGAGUGGUAGUGAAAGAGUAGAGGAAGAAUCAAGAAUGGGAAGCCAACCUGCACAAAUUCCGACCAGUUUUGGGCAUGAACUGAGAGCUUGUCUCCGUUGCCGUCUUGUUAAAACUUAUGACCAGUUUAGGGAAUCAGGAUGCGAGAACUGUCCCUUCUUCAAGAUGGAUGAAGAUCAUGAGCGUGUAGUGGACUGCACUACUCCAAAUUUUACUGGUGUAAUCUCUGUUAUGGAUCCAACGAGGAGUUGGGCAGCUCGAUGGCUUCGAAUUGCACGGUAUGUCCCUGGUUGUUACACACUUGCUGUAUCUGAGGCACUUCCAGAAGAUUUGCAGAAUCUUUGUGAGGAUGAACAUAUCCCGUAUGCUCCUCCAAAACGCAUCUGAUCAACAAACCAGCAACGAAAACAUCAGCAGAUUUUGGGUUUUGAUAUGGGAAGUACUCCCAUUUUGCAGCAUCAACGUAAAUCCCGGGACAAAUGCUAUGUAAUUAAGAUAACUAAUUACUGAAAUUAUCAUUAGCCCCCCUAAUCUGGAAACUGAACAUGUUUUAUGUCUGAAUAUCUCUCAGUUAUCUGUGUUUGCAUGCUCAUCUGAUUAACUCUCAUGUAUUGAUGUUGUGUUUAUGUGACACUCAAAUUUUGUGGAGAUGUGUUUGGAGUAGAAA